ACGGCAAACGCAACCAGAACUUUUUUCUGACCGUCGAAAAAAGCAAAAAUGGAUCUUUCUACUGCUUCCAAGGAGGAUCCGUUUUCUGUAGGAAACUUUUUCUUCCAUCAGGACCUUCCUGUCGUCCCAAGCGACAACCCUGAGUCGUAUUGUCGCUUGUGUUUGACGACGCCUGGUGUGGAAGCUGUAUUUCCGCCGAACGGUGAACCCAACUUGUACGUAUUGGAGCUGAUUGGAAAAUAUAUUGGUAUUGACCUUACUGAUAGUCCGGAUGAAUUCCGCUGUGCCAUUUGUCAGUCAUGCCAGCUUAUUCUUGACCAGUUUGAUCUUUUCCGGCAAAACUGUCUAAAAGCGGAUAUUGCCAUUAGAAGACGAAGAUUAGGUCUGGAUAAAAUUAAAAGUGAGCCACUAGAUGAUCACGAAGUGGAAGACGGAGAAGAACCUGCAUAUAUUCGGCUGGCUGAUCGACAUUACCAAUGCCGUAUUUGUUUAGAAGUGUUUCCCUCAUUAACAGCUUUCAUGAAUCACUGCAAGGAGCACCAUCCGGAAGAAUCGAAAGUGUUUAAAUGCAAAUACUGUACCAAAUCUUUCAUGACUAAAACGGCACGACUGCAACAUAUUCGCUCUCACCAACCGAACAAUGCCCAGGAGAUGGAUAUGAACAGUGACAGACUACAAGUAUGUGAAAAAUGCAUGGUGACAUUUGAUUCUUACAAGCUACUGAAAAUUCACUUAAAAGAUCAUCACUCGAAUGAUCCUAAACAAGAUCCUCUAAUCUGUAUUACAUGUCAGAAGCAGUUUAGUCGAAUUACUAUUCUUCGUAAUCAUAUUCUACGUGUGCACUUGGGAAAAUUGCCUCAUGUUUGCAAACAUUGUGGAAUUAGCUUUGGUUAUAAUCGCCAACUGCUCGUUCAUUUACAAAGCGAUCACGGUGUUGUCAUAUCCGCUCCGGAAUUGGAGCUCACAGGGCAGUCUUUCAACGAAGAAGAUGACCAUGAGGAUGACAUCCAUGUACCUAUCGUAUCAUUAUCGCCUGUUCCUGGUACAAGCGGAACAGCAAAACCAAUACGAGAUUGUCUCCCGACUCCAAGUCCGUCACAUUCUCAAGCGAAAAGUACAACUGGAAAAAAUAAGUCAGGUUUUAAAUGCACCGAAUGUACAGCAGAAUGCGAAACUCAAGAGGAACUACGAUCACACCGCAAAAUUCAUCAAGAUCCUAGCUGGUGGAAGUGCGUACAUUGUCGUAAUUUUGUAAAACAUCAGAAAAUGCAUUUGAUGAAAAAACAUCCUUCUAUCAAUGUCGAUGAUGUCGAUUCCGCAUUCCAAUUGCGUUAUCGCUGCUGGUUCUGCCGAAUGUACUUCAAAUCAAUGCAGCAGAUGGAGCAACAUGCCAGUACUCACAAGGAAGCGUUCUUGGGUACCCAACGGGAACCAGAGCGGCAUCGACUAAGGCCCGACGCUAGAAAACGGCAGUCGUCUGCGAUGGCGUCGCCAGCUGUUUCUUCAUUGAUUCCGUCAUCCAUGCCGGGAUCGUCAGUUGUAUCUCCAACAGUGAUGACAGCACAACCACCAUUGCCUAUUGGGCCGGAGAGCUUCCCACUGUUGCUAUCACAACUUGAAAACGGGGCAUGGGACUAUCUACGAGAUAUGGCGAGGUUCUUGAAUCCCAACAAUACUUCAGCGUUCAAUAUUAAGGUUGAGAAAGAUUCGUUAGAUACGUCGAUUAACAAUAUUGUGGAUUUGUCCAGCGCGAGUGAUCGGUUAUUAUCGGCUAACAACAGCUCUACCAGCUUGUCGUCGUACGACAUUAUUAUCAAGGACGAUCCUGAUCAGAUAGACGAUAUGGAAAACGAUUCAGAGGACGAUACAUACAUCCGUUUGGAAAACCGUUCUUACCAAUGCCGGGUCUGUUCAGAAACAUUCCGCCAUUUGUUGCAAAUACGUAAGCACACAAAAGCACAACAUCCAACCGAGUGGAAGAGUUUCAAGUGCGAACAUUGUAAGCGUCGAUUCCCGUCAGCGGCAAUCCGCGAUCGGCAUGCUCACUUCCAUACCCUCAAUCACGCAUUCAAAUGUUCGGAUUGUGACCAAAUGUUUGAUUCAAGGAAAAGGGUUGAGCAACACUAUGCUCUGUUUCAUGAUACGAAUUCGAGUAGCUUUACUAUAGAUCGUACGCAAUGUGCUACGUGCAAUUUGGCAUUUGUUGAGAAAAAGUACCACGAUUUACAUUCUAGGAUCUAUCAUCAGCGAAAACCACAACGAUUGAAGAACCUUACUGAUACUAUACAAGUUUGUGAACGUUGUUUGGCAACGUUCAGCUCUCGUGAGCUAUUGGUAGAGCAUAUUAAAACUAUGCAUGUAUCUGAUCCACCUUUGAAAACACCCAUAUGCCCACGAUGUUCGAAAGAUUUGAAAACAAUGACUUUGCUGAGAAUCCAUCUGCUUGUAGUGCAUCUGGGCAUGCUACCUUUUGUCUGCCAAAAUUGCAAUGCAGCAUUUGCUACCCGUCAUUGGCUGUUGAAACACAUUGAAAAAGAACAUACUGAAAUUCCGAUCCACAGCUGUACUACUUGUGAUGAAACGUUCGACGAUGAAAAGAAACUAGCGAAGCAUGAAGCAAGCGUUCAUCCGUCAACUCUAUCGUCCCCGCCAGCACCACCACUGCUGCCACCACCACCAUUACCACCCCCACCAACAGUUGUUAACCCUGUUUCUGUUUCUGAAGUAUUUCCUUGCACUAAAUGUGAUAAAAAACUGGACUCGAAAGAUCUCUUUGAAAAGCAUUUAAUUAAAGCUCAUCCAACAUUCAUGCUACUCUAUAAAUGCCCACUUUGUGUAAAACCAAUUCGUUAUCGUCGGCAGCAUAUGCGAGUGCAUCAUGACGUCGAGUACGACCCAAAAGAGCACCGCUAUCAGACUCGUUACAAAUGUCAUUGCUGUGCCAAACUGUUCAAACAGAAAUCCAGUCUCACAACUCAUCAGACUAUACGAGCGUUUCAGUGCAGUCGUUGCAUGCUGCGUUUCAAAACCAAAAAACUUCUUACGGCACAUUCGAGAAAGCAUCGAGCAAACCGAACGAUCCGGUGCCCUGACUGCGGUCUAGAUUUUGGUUAUCCAGCUAGGUUGGAAGAGCAUCGUUUACGUUUUCAUAGCAGCACUUCAACGGAAAUCCUCAAAUUGCAUAACUGUCCAUACUGCCCGAAGGUUUUCAUGAGUUUAUCUAAUCGGGAACGCCAUAUUACUACCAACCAUCCACAGAAUGAUUUUCAAGUUCGAUGUGGACACUGUACUUUACCGAAAACGGACAGUACAUCACUGCGCAAGCACUACAGAAGCAAUCAUCCCAAUGAACGAGUAACGUUCAAAUGUCAUGCAUGUGAUAAGGUCUAUUUAAACCUGUCUAGCUACAAAGAUCACCUGAAGAAACAUACAAAAGAGCAAAAAACUAAUAAUGACAGUACCAGUAGCGAAAACACUACUACCAAUGUUACAAUGACCAAUGGCAAAAAUGUUGAGAUUGAAAAAGAUACUAAAACAGGACAGACAAAUGGAGACACAGCCACUACGUCGGUAUCAGAAAUCAAUGAAAACUGUUUGGAAGCAAAUGAAACUAAAUUGCAAGCAGAUACUGCAUGUACUAUCAGUGGAACAAAAGUCUAUGAUACUUAUGUUGAUAUCAAAUCGGAAAUAAAAGUCGAACCUACCGAGGUUGAGGUUAAGAAAGAAUGUCUAAAGGAUGAAAAUAGCUACAUAGAGCAAUCGUCCGAAGAAUCGAGCAUAAACGGCGCUUCAGUAGAAAAAAUAGCAGCGAGUUCUGAAGAAGUCGCGCUCAAAAGAGCUGUGGUUGGCGAAGUGUCAUCACAAUCAAUCGAUGAAGUACAAUCUCAAACAAAGGAGACAACAGGAAAUAAUGUGCUGGAAGAAAAUCAGGAUUCUGAAAAAGCGACAGAAAUGGAAAAACAAUCGAAUAAGACAACCGAAGAACGCGAAACAGAACAAAUAACACCUGAUACGACUAAGACAUCUGCUACGGAAAGUGAACACGCAACAAAUGAAGUGCAGGGAAAAGAGACACCCGCUAAUAUUGAGCCUCCAAUAGAAGCAGCGCCUAUUACACAAAAUGUGCAAGAGUCAUUACAAAAAACAACUGUUACAGAUUCAACAACUCAGGAAACUAUCACAACAAAAUCCAAGGAAGACAAUUGUCUUUCAGAAUCCGCAGGAGCAAAGAAGCAAACGGGAGCAGUUGACGUGUCUUGUGCAAAAGAGACAGAAAUUAAAUCUGUGGAACCUGCAACCGAGGUGGAACAUACUGGAGAACCUGUGGUAACGAAACUGUGCAUUGAAUCGUCAGCAAAGUUGAUAUCAGCACCGGCAUGCGUAAAUGCCUCUAUUAGCGAGUCAAAAAACGAACACAAGCAAGAAAAGGUUAGCAACGAACCACAAACUGCACCAACCGUGAGAUCAUCUGUACGGCUAGCUAAGGCAAAAGCUGCUGUAAAUUCUGAACCGUCACCCGAAAGCUCUACAGAAAAGCCACCACCCGCUAAAAGGUUUAGAGCCGAGAAACAGACAAGCGAAGCUGAUGCAGAUUCGUAAGUAUUUAACACUAAAAAGUAAAGAUAUAUGUUUAGUAGUUUAUGUCGAGUUUCGUCUCAAAAGUUUACUGAGUG